AAAACCGCAGUUAUUAAGAAACCUAUGUUAAAACUUCAAAAUUAUCUAAGAAUUCUUAAUAAAUGUAUAACAUUACAUGAAAAUUUAAUAGAUAUUCGUUGUUAAUAAUUUAUUUGUUUAAAUUUAAUCUGGUAAUUAAAAAUAAAGUAUAAAGUCCUUUAAUCUUCAAUUUAAAACCUUGACCAUAAUUAUUGAGCUACAUUUAAAGUUCAGACAUUAGAAAUAAGUAAACUUUCACAGAAAAAUCAAAAUGUUACAAAAAGAUGUCAAAUUGGAUAAGACAUGUAAAACAUGGCAAUUAGAAAAACACAUUGAUUUUUUACAAUCUUUUGGCAAAGAAAGACAUCAAUACGAAAGUAGUAUGAUGGAAUUUCUUCGAAUGUCCGGCAUGUACUGGGGAUUAACAGCAUUAUAUUUGAUCAAUGAUGGCAAUAUACCCAAAGAAGAUGAAAUAUUUGAGUUUAUUAAAAGUUGUGAACACAGUUGUGGAGGAUAUUCACCAGCUCCAGGUCAUGACCCACAUUUAUUGUAUACGCUCAGUGCUGUUCAGAUAUCUUGUUUACUUAAUCGAGAAUUAGAAUUACCAAUUGAAAAAAUUGUGUCUUAUGUUUCUAAACUUCAAAAAGAUGAUGGUAGUUUUACUGGAGAUAAAUGGGGAGAAGUGGAUACUCGAUAUUCAUUUUGCGCCUUAGCUUGUUUAUCUCUUUUAAGUAAACUUAAUGAAAUUGAUUUAGCUAAAGCUAUAGAUUUCAUCAAGAGCUGUCAAAAUUUUGAUGGUGGUUUUGGAUCACGGCCUGGAGCUGAAAGUCAUGGAGGUUUAAUAUAUUGUUGUGUUGGAGCAUUAUCUAUUGCUGGAAGAUUAGAUUUAGUUGAUGCUGACACAUUAGGCUGGUGGUUAGCUGAAAGGCAAUUACCAUCUGGUGGACUUAAUGGUCGUCCUGAAAAAUUACCUGAUGUUUGUUACUCUUGGUGGGUGUUUUCUUCAUUAAAUAUUUUAGGGCGUGAUCAUUGGAUUGAUAAAGAUGAAUUAAAAAAUUUUAUUUUAGCAUCUCAGGAUACUGAAGGAGGUGGAUUCAGUGAUCGCCCUGGGGAUGAACCAGAUCCAUUUCACACCCUUUUUGGUCUUGCUGCAUUGUCAUUAAUGUCGUAUGAUAAAAUAUUACCAAUAGACCCUACUUAUUGUAUGCCAAAAUCUGUUAUAAGUCGUUUGGGUUUGAAACCUCAAAUAUUAUCCCGCCCUUAAAAUUUAAAUCUACAUAUAUAUUUUUUUUUUAAUCAACAAUUAUACUCAUUGAUUUUUACUAAAAAAAAUUUUUUAUAGGAUCUUCAUUCAUGACAUAUAUUACUCUUCUUCCCUAUACUUUUAUAAGUUUUAAUUUAAUUUUAAAUUAAAAUAGUUAAAAAUACCAAAUAAAUUUUAAAAAAAUGUUGUUCAAUAGGAAAACUUGUUUCACUAUCCUCAGUUUGGUAUAUAAAUAUUAUUGAAUAAAUAGUUUGUUUACUCGUGAAAUAUUAUAGUCUAAAGAUAUGUAUGAAAAAUAAAAUAUGUAAAAAUUAUUCUUCAGAUCACAAAACACAAAAUAUUUUGAAUGUGAAUGUGUGCUAUAAGGUUCUUAAAUAUUUUAAUUGAUCAUAGUUUAUAUUAGAAUCUGGAACCAAUCCGAAAAGAGCUGGAACCUUUCCAAAACACUUAUUCAAAUUAAUUUUUAAAAAUGGGGCCUUGCUGGAACCCUUAUUAGAAUUUAAUUGAAAUCCAGAACCUCAUCGGAAUCAAUACUUUUUUAUAAAGA